CCUCUUAGUAACCACCAAACAAGAUGAAGUGCAUCCUCGUCUUCGCCUGCCUUUCGAUGGCCCUGUGCCUGGCCGCUCCUGCCCCGGAUGCAGAGAUCAUCAGCCAGGAAUCGGAUGUGAAUGCCGAUAAUUAUAGCUUCAAGUUCGAGACGAGCGACGGAACCAAGCAGGAGCAGCAUGGCUCUCUCAAGAGCCUGGAUCCCGAGGAGGAUGCCCUUCAGGUGGCCGGAUCCUACAGCUACACGGGGGACGACGGAAAGACCUACACUAUCACCUACGUGGCCGAUGAGAACGGAUUCCAGCCCCAGGGAGAGCACAUUCCUCACCCAUAAAUAUGGCUGGCCCUAGGUUGUUUAAAAAAAAAACAAGCAUUUCGUCAAAAAACUUUAGAUUAAAAAUGAAAACUUAUGAAAAUGAAAAUAAUACUCUAUAGUACGUUGAGGAACUAUAAAAUAUAAUUUAACAAUAUAUGACCAUCACUUAAUGCAAUGCAU